UUUGCCUUAUCAACCAUCAUGUUGUGGAACUGGUUCCAACUACGAAAAAGGCGUCAGGAAGUCUCUCCCGACACGCCGAAAUGGUCGUCGAGACGUUUCUCAUGCUCAUCUUUCAAAGACGUAAACAAUCUUCUCUAUGACGACGACGUUCCCUCGCCAGAACUUCAAGUCCUUCACCAGCCAAGGAGCCCCAAGAUUGACCGUUGCACCUCAAGAACUCCCCCUCUGACGAGGGAGACGCUCUACUCCACCGACCAAGGAGGCGUGGUUCUCUACUACACCAGCCUCCGUAUCGUACGCAAAACAUUCGAGGAGUGCAGAGCCGUCCGAGCCAUCCUCCACAGGCUCCGCAUCCCUAUCGACGAUCGAGACUUAACGAUGGACGCAAGGUUUCACGACGAGCUGCAUGCGAUAUUCGGGACCAAGAACGUGGAGUUGCCUAAGGUUUUCAUAGGUGGGAGAUACAUAGGAGGGGCGGACGAAAUCAAGAAGUUAAAUGAGAGCGGCGAGCUGAGGAAGAUGGUCGGAGAACUACCACCGUCGGAUGGAAGAUUCAGUGAGAACUGUGAGUUAUGCGGAGGAUGGAGGUUCGUUGUUUGCGAGAGAUGUAAUGGUAGCCACAAGAUCUUCUUGGAGGAAAAUGGAUUUGUAAAUUGUACGGUUUGCAGUGUGGAAGGUCUUGUUAGGUGUUCCUCUUGUUUUCCGAUACAUCGGACUAUCGGAGACGGAACUAUGAUAUCUCCGGUAGAUUUAAAGUAA